AUGGUUUAUGGAGUGCGAGCGGGUGUAUCGCUUUUGUCAGGAGUGGUACUUGGGAUAUUACUCUCCGUGGUAUUCUUUCAACCUGCUCAAAUAACUCCCUCAAGUCAAAACUAUGAGCAGUCAUCGUCGAGUGAACAUUGGGAAGUUGUUAUCAAGAAAGCUACAACCACUUCAAUCAAUGCUCAGUCUCCGACUCGAAAGGUUUUUAGAGCUGGAUUUGCUGCUACAGAAUUAGGGAUUCGCGAAAAGCUUAUAGUAAUUGUUCUUGGGCGAUCAUCUUUAAUGUUGGCAUUAAAUUUAACAGUUGGACGACAUGUAAACCACUUACAAUUUUUUGCUGAUGUGCUGCACAUUGAUGAAGAUAUUGCUGUGCUUCCUAACCUUACCCCUUAUAAACUCAAUGGGCGACACACGCAUAUCGCAGUUCUUAGCCUUAUUUAUAAUAUGACUUUGCACGAAAAGUAUGAUUGGUAUUAUUUAAUGCCUGAUACGACGUAUGUAAAUCCAUUUGAACUGCUACGAUUUGUUAAUCACGUAAACUGGAAUCAUCGUGUCGCAGUUGGUAUAAGAGUUAAAGAUGCUCCUGAAAGAUGUGAUUUACAGGCUGGUAUUUUACUCUCUAAUGUUGCUAUGCAGUCGUUAAUUCGUCAGAGAUACGUAUGCAAUUCAAUAUCUACCAACUCGGAUUUUGAUGCUUUCGAAAUGUGUAUUCAUCAUGCAACAAAUUUGUCAUGUAUUAAUUAUUAUGAGACUAAAACAUACUUUGGAUGGAAAGUGCAUGGAGAAUCUGAAGAUGGCGCGGCUAUUGCAAUGCAUGAUGUCGUCUCAUGGUGGUCCUCAUCACAAAAUUUCAAUCGAUCUAUUAGUGUUUCGCCAUUACUAUCGGGAGCCGAUGUUCAUGCUCUUCAUCGUCACUUUUUACAAGUUGAGUUAGAUCGUAUUAAUUAUGGGAUUGAUCGUCUGUCAGCUGAGAUCCUCUCACUGUCGUAUGAUGUUGUAGAUGGACCUUCUCAACCACCUGGUUUACCUCCUUAUUCAAAAGCACCAGAUCGGUAUCAGGUCCCUAAAUGGCAGUAUUUCACUAGCACAGAAAUUUUCAAGAAUGAACCUAAUCAAAAUGUGCAUGCGCUUAGCGGGGAUGAUAAGCUGGAUGUUCUUACUGCAGCUCGAAAAUUCAUCGAAGGAAGUGGUCAGAUAGCCUUGAAUGAACGAUUUUUGCAACUUCGUAAUGGCUAUCGAUUAUUUGAUCCAGUUCGUGGGAUGGACUAUAUUGUUGAUUUAAUUUAUAGGGAUACUAGUAGAAUUAAAAUACAUCGUGUUCAUCUGACUCGCGCAAUAUCUAGUAAUCAGCUUUUAAACCAGGUUCCUUAUGUUAAAGAAGAUACCGAUUUAACAAUUUUGAUACCGGUAGGAUCAAAUAAUGAAGUUGGUGCUCUUCGUCGGUUGUUGGCCCGCCAUAUGAACCUUUGUCAUUUCUCAGCGAACGAAAAUAGGCAAACUAGAUUGGUGGUUGCUGUUCGUGGAGUCGAUCCCUUUGCAGUUCGGCUUAUCAACAACGAUGUCUUUGAAUUAAAAAUGCGAUGUAAAUCAACGCAAACUGAAACAAUGUUGCUGACUCUGAAACCGAGUAGUCAUCGCACUUUGUCCGCUGCGACGCUAGACGAAGCAGUUGAUCUUUUUGGUCAGCAAAUGAUAUAUCUGUUACUAUCGCCACAUGCAGAUAUCGAAUAUGAAUUUCUAGACCGUGUGCGAAUUAACACAAUCAAACAUUUUCAGGUAUACUUUCCUUUGCCUUUUGUGGAAUAUCAUCCCCAAAUUGUUGGAGCAUAUGAAGCACUGCAAAGUAUGGUGGAUACCAAUAUAAAGAAUCAAGCAGGGCAUGAAGUGGAAGAGAAUCAAGGAGUUCGGGCUCCUCAAUCGGCUGUAGUUGAUUCAAACAUUUAUAUGAGCAAGCUUCGAGAUGCCACUUUUAAAAGAAUUUCAAAACCACUUGUUAUUCAUAAGAAUCGAGGUCACUUCGAUUUUUCUGAUUUUUCUGUGUUCUCUUUAUAUGGUGCUGACUUCGUGGGAGCUCGUUCACGUCUCAAUGACAAAUCAGUGUUACUGGAUUUAUCUUCAUUGUUUCUUGGUCAGAAAGAUAUACAUAUAAUGCGAGCAGUGGAGCCAGCAUUGCGACUGCGAUAUCACACGCGUGUUUGUAGUUCAGAAUUGGUAGACUUAGACUACAACCGUUGCUUACUUAGCAUGCGGGAGGGUCUUGCUUCCAAAGAUCAAUUAGCACAUUUGUUACUUAGUCAAAGGGCAUGGAAUGUAGUAGCUGCAUAA